AUGGAUCACUUCAACCCUGCUCUACCACCAACACAGGCUUUGGUUCCAUUCCAAGAGGGAAACAAGCAUGCCUUCAUUGCAGAGGAGGUUUACGAUGAGCAUGUGGAGGAGCAUGACGCUAGUAUUGGCCAUGAUGGUAGCUCUAAUCAAGGGAAGCACAUCGCGAGGGGUCACUGGCGUCCUUCUGAGGAUGAAAAACUAAAAGAUUUGGUUGCACAGUACGGCCCCAAGAAUUGGCGCCGCAUUGCUGAGAAGCUUGAAGGCAGAUCAGGUGGCUCCGACAUGGCCCCUCAUGCCAGGACACCCACUGCAGCCAACUUCAAAGCAACCAUGCGCUCCACCUUUUCUACCCCAUCGCUAGCCACCGACAAGGGUGGUGACAAGUUCACCCCACCAUUCUUUGAUUUCCUCGGUGUUGGCGAUGCAUGA